GGGAGAGAGGACGCGACAGCCGAGCGGCAGGCUGGUUUGGCGCGGGUCUGCUGCCUCCCCACCGCCCCAGAGUCCCCACCCGGCACCGCGCAGACCUCCUGCGCCAGCCUCCGUCCCAGCCAAGGUCCCCCAACACCACCAUGGACUGCUGCACCGAGAGCGCCUGCUCCAAGCCAGACGACGACAUUCUAGACAUCCCGCUGGACGAUCCGGGUGCCAACGCGGCCGCUGCCAAAAUCCAGGCGAGUUUCCGGGGCCACAUGGCGCGGAAGAAGAUAAAGAGCGGAGAGCGCGGCCGGAAGGGCCCGGGCCCCGGGGGGCCGGGCGGAGCUGGGGGCGCCCGGGGAGGCGCGGGCGGCGGCCCCAGCGGAGACUAGGCCAGAACUGAGCAUUUUCGAAGUUCCCGAAGAGAGAUGGAUGCCGCGUCCCCUUCGCAGUGACGAGACUUCCCUGCCGUGUUUGUGAUCCUCUCCUUCCCACCAACCUGCCAGCUUCAGGAGCCCUCUCCGCGUCCCGAGACUCGCUCUCCCAGGCAGACUCCGUAGAGGAGUUGCAAAGGCCGUGCCCUUUUAGUGCUCCAGUCUAGUACGGUCCCCAUUCACCCUUCCUCCCCACCCUAACCCCAGUGCCCGCGCUCCCAAGUCUUCCUUUAGCUUCUCGCCCACCUCUCCCCGGACCCAGCAUGCUGCUCUGCCUCCGCAGCCUCCGUGCGCUGCCCUUCGCGCACUGCGAGGGGCGCCCUAAGCGUUGUCCAAGAACGCUCCA